AUGCCGUGGCCGCGCCUGGAGGCCGAGUGGGCGGCGCUGGCCUGGGAGCUGCUGGGCGCGUCGCUGCUGCUGCUCGCCGUGCGCUGGCUCGUGCGCCGCCGCCUGGACAAGCGGCCCUGGGGUUCGGACCCGGGCCCGGCCUCGGCCUCGGCCUGCGCCGCCCCCGCCGCCGCCGCCCCGGGCCCGGGCACGCUCGCAGGUGAAAUGACAAUGGAUGCUAUUUUGGCUCAGUUAAAACUCCUAAAUCCAGAUGACCUUAGAGAAGAAGUUGUCAAAGCCGGAUUGAAAUGCGGACCUAUUACAUCAACUACAAGAUUUAUUUUUGAGAAAAAAUUGGCUCAGGCUUUAUUAGAGCACAGAAGAACACUGUCUUCGCUUUCUUCUGAACAUGGAGCUCUCAGCCAGGACACACAGAGGAUUUUGAAGUCUGCUAUAGUAAGCUCUGCUGAGCAGACCAACUGUUCUGAAGACAGGGAUUUUGGUUAUAGUGUAGGUUUGAAUCCUCCAGAGGAAGGUGCUGUGACAGCCAAGACUUGCUCAGUAUCCUUCAGUAGCACUGCUGGGAAUGACAGCCACAAAACCAUGACGCUCUCUAAAGAACCACCUCUGUACUAUGGCGUGUGCCCACCGUAUGAGGAUGCUCCUGUGAGAAAUGAAAGAAUUCAUGUUUAUGAAGACAAAAAGGAAGCUUUACAAGCUGUUAAGAUGAUGAAAGGAUCCCGAUUUAAAGCUUUUUCAAGCAGAGAAGAUGCUGAGAAAUUUGCUAGAGAUGGCUUGUACUUAUCUGAGUCAGAAACAGUAAACAAAGAACGAGCAAACAGCUACAAAAAUCCACGCACACAAGAUCUCACUUCCAAACUUCGUAAAAUUGUGGAGAUUGGAGACGAUGACGCUUUUUGUGAUCUCAUCUGGAGUAAUCCUCGGUACCUAAUUGGUUCAGGGGAUAACCCAACUAUUGUACAGGAAGGGUGUAGGUAUAAUGUCAUGCAUGUUGCUGCCAAGGAGAAUCAGGCUUCUAUCUGCCAGCUGGUUCUGGAGACUCUAGAAGACCCUGGAUUUAUGAGGCUGAUGUACCCAGAUGAUAACCCAAGCAUGCUGCAAAAACGUAUCUGUUACAUUGUUGACUUGUACCUGAACACUCCCGAUAAAGCAGCCUAUGAUACACCGUUGCAUUUUGCUUGUAAGUUUGGAAAUGUGGAAGUCGUCAAUGUGCUUUCGUCACACCCUUUGAUCGUCAAAAAUGCAAGAAAUAAAUAUGAUAAAACACCUGAAAAUAUUAUUUGUGAAAGAAGCAAAAAUAAAUCUGUGGAGCUGAAGGAGCGGAUUAAAGAAUAUUUAAAGGGCCACUACUAUGUACCACUACUGAGAGCAGAAGACUCGUCUUCUCCAGUGAUCGGGGAAUUGUGGACUGCAGACCAGGCAGCCGAACACUCACCCAGCCGCUACAGUUUUUGUGGCCCUAGACACCCUAUUUUGACCCUGCGAGCUUUUGUGGGACCCCUGAGUCCAUCCAAGGCAGAAGAUUUUCGCAAACUCUGGAAAACUCCACCUCGAGAGAAAGCAGGCUUCUUUAACAAUGUCAGAAAAUCUGAUCCAGAGAGAGGCAUUGAGAGAGUAGGAAGAGAACUUGCUCAUGAACUGAGAUAUCCCUGGGCUGAAUAUUGGGAAUUUCUGGACUGCUUUAUUGACCUUUCCUCCGUGGAGGGCUUACAGAAACUAGAAGAGUAUUUUCACAAGCAGGAAGUUAGCAGAAAGGCCCAACAAGAAAUGAGAGAAGAUGAAGAUUGUCAUCCAGAGAAAGCCUCUGCCUUUGGUCAUACUAGGAAGAACAGCAAUUCCAUUUCUGUAGGGGCAUUUCUAGAUGAAGAUGAUGAGAUGAGCUUGGAAGAAAUUAAAAAUCUGCAAAAUACAGCACGUAAUAACACCCAACCCUCAGUGGGUGCUUUUGGAGAUUCCAGUAUCCUUCCUUUGGAACAGAAUAUGAAUCUUAUAGAAGCCUCAGCUCCAACCAGUUCCCCAGGCAGCAAAAAUGGAUUUUGUAGCCCUCCGAGCAGCACCAAGACCCUGAGAGGGAAAAUAAAGGCCACGGGUACAGAUGAAGACUACUUGUCACCUGUCUCCAGUUUGGCUGUUGACUUUGACAAACUGAAUUUGCAGAAUCUAGGAAAAGGCUGUUCUAAGAGAGCAAAUCAAAAUGUGGAAGCUGGAGAAAGAAACCUGACGUCAAAAAUAGACACAGCAGAAAAUGACUUGUUAGUACCACCUGCCGCUACAGGCAAACUCAGAAAAAGACAGAUAAGAACAGAGAGUGAAGUAUCAGCUGGAAUUGCCAAACUAUGUCUGGAUCCUGACCAUCCUGGGCAAAAGACCCAGCACCAAAGCACUUGUGUACCUUCAGAGCCCCUGGGGGCUUCUGCCACCAAGGAGCCCGGCCAAAGGCUCUUCCUUUUUGGAGAGGAGCCCUCGAAACUGGAUCGGGAUGUCCUAGCAGCAUUAGAGUGUAUAGAAGUGGACCCUCAGCAAUAUCCUGCUGUGCACAAAUGGAAGAGCGCUGUUCUGUGCUACUCGCCUUCAGACAGACAGAGCUGGCCCAGCCCUGCACUGAAAGGGAGGUCGAAGUCUCAGCAGGCAGAUUUUGGUCACACUUGCAGCUACAGCCCCGGGAGAAGAAGUCCUGUAGUUGCCAGCCCUGGAAAACCCAGCACUGCCUUGCACUCCCCUGGUGUGGGCAGCCCUGGACGCUAUAGCCCUGCAAAUGGGUGCCAUCUUCGCAAGAUGGCACUCCUGGCCCAGCCUGCUGGCUCGUAGGACUCUUGUUUUACAUUCUUUUUUCAAAAAAUAAGGGUAAUAUGUUUGUUACCAAUACAUCAUUAAAAAAAGCAUUCUGGUUAAUCUCAUUUUGAAGGUGA